GCCACCGAACGAAGAGAUUACCGUUGAGGGCUUGCUUUUACUCGGAUUUCCACAGACUGUUAAACAUCUCAUUCGGGUUGUCACUGGUAUUUGUGGCGGUUUCGGUGUGGGGAAGACGUGCGGCCACCACGAACAUAAUGGUUCGUCGCUGCUAGCAGCAGGUGCUUCCUCUGCUGUGAGGGUUCCUGAUGUCGGAGCUGGAGCAUGACAGUGUAGCGUCAUGGAGGAAAGAACUCUGGAUUAAUGUGCCCAAAGAGACUGACUGAAAUUAGGCUGACAGCAGUUUAGAUUUUUAAUCAUAGAAUCUUUAAAACCUGACCCCUACUGCAUCUUCAGUUUUGCAUAGCUGGCUGGAGAGAUAUUUUUGAUGCUAGACAGAAGCUUGUUCAGCUUUUAGCCAAGCCAGUUUGUACAUUGGAAUAAUCUCAGUUCCCUCCUGGGGAUGGCUAAGUGAGUGGCCAAGUCUAAGCCAAGAAGAUUAAGAUCAUAUUAGAUUUAUAAAUGAAGGAAAGAGGAACACCUGUUUGACUGAGCUGCCAAAUCCGGACCACUUUGCUCUCAUUGAUUUCGACGUCUCUUUUGUACAUAAGACAGUGUCUGUUUCUUUCCGCGCUCUCUUCCACUGUGCGUGAAAAGAGUCAGUCAUUGCUUAUCAUCGUCUUUGGUGUAGGGGUACAUUUAGCAUUUAUUUCCUCAUUCUGUGGAAGCAUGACUAGAUUCAUCACAGUCAACAUUACCCUUCAGCUGGGUUAAAAAGAAGAGGGAAAAAUUUAAGAAAGAGGGAACGUGAGGAGCCAAGUUCCUUUUUUUUUUGCCCUCCUCACUCAUCGUUGUCUAAACUGCUUUGUGGAAACCUCCAUUCACUGUGAUUACUUUGUCUCCAGAGCCACUAAGGGAUAGGCAAUCUCAAGAGUAUAAAGGAUUGAUCUUAGACCUUUGAGUCAAAAGGAUUGCACAAGCAUACGUGUACACACACUGUGCAGCAACACUAGACUCCCUGUUUGGGCUGCCACUGUUUGGGCCUUGUCCCCCCCCCCCCCCCCUCUCAGUUCCUGUGGAUUUGAAUGAUCGAGGACGAGGGCCACAGGCUUGGCAGUGUUUAAUGUUUUUUUUAUUUGACUUAACUUUUGGUCAUUGUUGCUGACCACCAUCCUGACCCAUGCUCUUGAAACUGGAGCUCUAUGGAUACAUGGAGGGUAGACAUAAAAUCUUGCUGACAAAGCCUGACCUUCUGUGAAACGCAUGUUAAAGGAUUUCUGAUUCCCACCUUUUCAUCCAAGUUGUGCAUCGGUAAAAACUGUAUCGUCUCGUCCGCCCUUGCUGCAGCACUUCUUUGCUAAAAGGACAGGAUGAAACUGAAAAAGCAGGUGACUGUGUGUGGCGGGGCCAUCUUCUGUGUGGCUGUCUUCUCUCUUUAUCUGAUGUUGGAUCGUGUCCAGCAUGACCCAGGCAGGAGACAGAAUGGGGGAAACUUCCCAAGGAGUGAGAUUUCGGUGUUACAGAGCCGCAUUGAGCAGCUGGAAAAGCUUCUGGAGGAAAACCAUCAGAUCAUCAGCCACAUUAAAGACUCUGUGCUGGAGCUUACAGACACAGGUGCCAUCUCACCAUCUGGCCAACUUCCAUUUCGCAGUGCCAACGGCUCCUGGGUGCUGCCUUUUGAUGGAAGGCCCACCUUUCUCAGUGUAAAACCCCAAGACUGCCAGUUUGCACUGGGCCGCCAUGGCCAGAGUGACCUGCAGAUGCUAGAUGUGUACUCUCUGCUGAAGUUUGACAAUGUGGAUGGAGGUGUGUGGAAGCAGGGCUUUGACAUCACAUAUGAACCCACUGAAUGGGACAAUGAACCUUUGCAAGUUUUUGUAGUGCCCCACUCACAUAAUGACCCAGGUUGGGUCAAAACUUUUGACAAAUAUUAUAAUGACCAGACACAACAUAUUUUUAACAACAUGGUGGUCAAGCUUGCAGAGGACCCACGCAGGAAGUUCAUCUGGUCUGAAAUAUCCUAUUUUGUUAAGUGGUGGGAAAGUGUAGAUGCCCAGAAACAGGAGGCAAUGCGCAGAUUGAUCCUGGGAGGGCAGCUGGAGAUUGUGACAGGAGGAUGGGUAAUGACGGAUGAAGCCAACAGUCACUACUUUGCAAUGAUCGACCAGCUUAUUGAAGGGCAUCAGUGGCUGGAAAACAACUUGGGUGUGACUCCUCAUUCAGGGUGGGCUGUUGACCCUUUCGGCCACAGCGCCACCAUGCCUUACUUACUGAAGAAAGCCAACCUGACCAGCAUGUUGAUUCAGAGGGUCCACUACUCUAUUAAGAAGCAUUUUUCUUCCACGCAGAACCUGGAGUUCAUGUGGAGACAGGCUUGGGAUCCUCAGUCAAGCACAGACAUGUUCUGCCACAUGAUGCCCUUCUACAGCUAUGAUGUCCCACAUACAUGUGGGCCUGACCCAAAGAUCUGCUGCCAGUUUGACUUUAAGCGGCUUCCAGGCAGCAGGAUCAACUGCCCCUGGAAGGUGCCUCCACAGGCCAUCUCUGAAGCUAAUGUGGCUGAGAGAGUUCAAGCCCUUUUGGACCAGUAUCGCAAGAAAUCUAAGCUUUUCCGUAGCAAAGUCCUUCUGAUACCUCUGGGAGACGAUUUCCGCUAUGAUAAAGCCCUAGAGUGGGACCAACAAUAUAUCAACUACCAGAAGCUUUUUGAUUACAUGAACUCUCACCCAGAAUUGCAUGUUCAGGCACAGUUUGGCACUCUCACGGACUACUUCAAUGCUGUAUAUAAGGCUAAUAGGGUGGGCCAGGGGAUGAGACCACCUGGUUACCCUGUACUGAGUGGAGAUUUCUUUGCUUAUGCUGACCGUGAGGAUCAUUACUGGAGUGGCUAUUACACCUCUAGACCAUUCUACAAAAACCUAGACCGUGUGCUUGAGUCCCAUCUUAGGGGGGCAGAGAUUCUUUACAGUUUGGCUGUUGCACAUGCGCGUCACGCAGGGAUGGAAGGGCGCUACCCCAUCUCGGACUACUCCCUUCUGACGGACGCCAGACGCAACAUUGGCCUCUUCCAGCAUCAUGAUGCAAUCACUGGCACUGCCAAAGAGGCUGUUGUCAUUGACUACGGCACAAGGUUAUUGCGCUCACUUAUUGGGUUGAAAAGAGUGAUCAUUAAUGCUGCACACUUCCUUAUAAUGAAAAAUAAAGAUGUUUAUCGCUUCUACCAGACUGAGCCUUUCCUGGAAACGGAUGACCGCCGUGCCACACAGGACUCUUUGCCCCAACGCACUUUGAUUGAAUUGGACUCUUCACCUAGGUACCUAGUACUGUUUAACCCUGUGGAGCAGGAGCGUCUGUGUGUGGUGACUGUGCUGGUAAACUCAGCACGGGUCAGAGUUCUCACUGAGGAUGGCCAGACCCUGCCAGUGCAGCUCAGUGCACAGUGGAGCUCAGCUGUGCAGAUGGAUGGAGAAGUUUACCAGGCUUCCUUCAUGGCCCGCCUUCCUGCUCUGGGAUUGGCUGUGUUCCAUCUAUAUGACUCGAAUGACUCUCCUAUGACUUUGCGCUCAGAUACACUGCUGAGGGCUCCGGGGCGGAGCCAGAGCGUGCAGGGUUUGCAUCCCCUUCCUGUGCGCUCUCAGGUGCCUGACUCGCUGCCCAUCUACAUCCAGACACAGUCUCUGACAUUGGGCUUCUCCGGCACCACAGGCCUGUUGGAGAGUAUACGCCGGAAGGACGACCCUCAGGAGGUGAGGGUGCAGAUCCAAUUUCUCACCUACGGAACUCGGGCUUCAAAGGACAAGAGUGGAGCUUACCUUUUUAUACCGGAUGGCAUUGCCAUGCCAUAUGUGCAGAAAGAGCCGUCAGCUGUGCGUGUUGUGGAGGGACCGCUCUUUUCCGAGGUAGUUACAUACUACCAGCACUUCCAGCAGACGGUCCGCAUAAACAAUGUGCCAGGUAUAGAUGGUUUGUCUUUGGACAUCACCACCUUGGUGGACAUCAGGGACCAGAAUAAUAAAGAACUGGCCAUGCGUUUGGUCACAGACAUCCAGAGUGAGGACACAUUUUACACCGAUCUCAAUGGUUUUCAGAUCCAACCACGCAGGUACUUCCAAAAAUUACCGCUGCAGGCCAACUUCUACCCCAUGCCCACCAUGGCUUACAUCCAAGACAGCCAGUAUCGCCUGACCCUGCACACGGCCCAGGCUCUGGGAGUCACCAGCCUUGCUAGUGGCCAGUUGGAGGUGGUUCUGGACCGUAGAUUGAUGCAGGAUGAUAACAGGGGUCUAGGACAAGGACUGAAGGAUAACAAGAGGACAGCUAACCGCUUCCGGCUCCUGUUAGAGAGGAGAUCCAGCAGCAGCAGGCCUGUGGGUGCUUAUGCCAAAAUCAUCCACAUGAUAAGUAAAAUCAUCGCUCAUGUUUUAGGAGACAGCAUGAAAAAGGCUGGCGACAGUGGACCAGUCAGCUUCCCCUCUUUGCUGAGUCACAUGACCUCUGCCAUCUUAAACCAUGAAGUACUGGCACUGCCGGUCAUUCCAAAGAAACGUGGCAUUCCACCUCUCCGCACCUUUUCCCCACUGGCCGCAGCACUUCCCUGUGAUUUUCAUCUUCUCAACCUCAGGAGCAUCCAGAACCAGGACGCUAAUGGUCCCUCCCCACUUACUGCUCUCCUGCUGCAUCGCUUUGGUUUAGACUGUGGCCUCGAGCUCCAAAAUCCUGGUUUCAACUGCACCACGACACAGGGCAAGCUGGCCGUGUCGGGGCUGUUCCAGGGUCUGGACCUGCAGCUGCUGCAGCCCGUGUCACUGACGCUGAUGUACUCGGAGCCUCCGCUCUCCAACAACUCUGUUAUCAGCCUGGAGCCCAUGGAGCUUUCUGCCUUUAAGCUCAAACUGCACUAGGGCUUGUGACACCAGCACAGCCGGUGCAGAAAGACAUGCUCUCCGUCUUUCUCUCUCUGACUGGGGAGUGAGGAUCAUGAACACAUUAUGUACCAACAUGGAUGCUAAUGUCCAUCUAAAAUACUUUUAUAAAGAGAGAUUCCAGCACUAGUCGUGCUUCCCGUUGCUCUCCCAGAACUGAGCAACUGGACAAUAUAAAGAUGAAUAUAAAGAUUUUUUUUUAAACUUUCUUUUAAAUUUUUUUUUUAAAGUUGCUUAAAUUUGAAUCAACAGAAUGACUAGUGAUUGUAUGCUUUUUAUUAGACAUGGAUGCCUGAUCAUUAUUUGAGACUCUUGUACAUUACUUUUGUUGUCCUGGCUGGAACCACUGAUAUCCGUCUUCUUUUUCCCUUUUGUCUAUCUCGCAGAACUUCUUGGGCAAUGUAGCCUAAUGUACGUAAUUGUCUUUGGCUCUUCAUGAACUAGUGGGACUGAGUGCAAUAUGUGAAGCUUCUCUAGGGUUUUUUCUUUUUUUUUUUUCCUCAGUCUGCAGAAGCUGUGCUUGCAACUUCGUCACUGCCCCCCGUUUUGUAACUCGGUUGACUGCACCGCCUGCCGUAGCCGCAUGUUUCUUUGAAUGUCUGCUGGCUCGCCUGCUCGUUCAGGCAGCUUUACACAACAGGUUUUGCUCCAUCAUCUGUUAGUCAGUGGGCUGAUUUUAAGUUCUCCCUCUUUCAAUCUAUUCAUGAGUGUAGCGAUUGAUGACAGCUUGUCCAUUAUUUGGGAUUUUCUUUUUUUUCCUGAAAAUGCUGCUGCCUUCCAAUUACCUUGCUGUGUUACAUCCCAUUUAUUUCCACCCUGGGUCCAAAGUGUUGAUGUCUGCUAAGGAUGGUGUAGUGUACUUAAAAAUAUGCAGUAUACAAUACCUCUUAUAUUUUACAUUUGAAAUGUGCAAUAUAUUAUUGUGGUGACUGAUAUGAUUGUGUUUGGCACAGUGGCUAAGGUGAGAGAUUAUGGCACUGUUUUACCAUCAUGUAUCCGCAGGAGUAAGCCAGCAAUGUUUCCAACUUAUUUUAGAUCCGUAUUUUAACUGAUCUAAACUUAGCCUAAGGCCUUUAACUCCUAUCGCUGUAUAAUCAGAGAGCGGUGAUGUUUAACAGUAAUAGUGCUAGUGCCGAGGAAAAGCCUGGGCACGCUAAUGUAUUGUAAAGUUCUGUUUCAUUCCAGUGGUGUUUGUCCGUAGUGUUUCUUUAGUCCCGAGCCUCUCAUCCACUCGACUCUGCAACUGUUUAACAUUCGGUGCGAAUGUAUCACAACUGCCAGGAGGAAGGUGUCUGUAAAUGCCGAAGCUUUUCCCAUUUUAGCUCCUACUCAUCUUUUUGUCGUCCCUACUGUUUUCUCUGAAAUGUCUCACCCCUGUAGAGAUUCACACCAAUGUAUGAUUUACUGUGAGAAAUGAAUGUUCUGAAAGGAACAAUAUUGGUGGUGAAGAGGUUAGUAGCACUCAUGAAACCUCUGAGCGUGACUUGUCACUGUUGCCUUUAUCGACGCUAUAUAAAGACUUAUGGCUUCUGACCCGCUUAGCUCGUCUAAAAGAAGCGAGAGGCUGGUGAUAUUUAUGAACAGAAGUGUCUCAGUGUCAAGAGAUUUAGCUCCAUUCUAUACUCUUAGCUAAACAUUCAGAAGAACUGAGUGACUACAAUAAUAAGAUCUCAUAAAAUAAAUCAUUAUGUACAAUAAUUCUUCUCCCUAAUAUUACUAGCCCGCAACAGGGGUAAGCUUAUUUUAAAUUGUACCUUUUUUAUUAAGGUUAUAUCCAACACUUAAUUUGCAUUUAUUCUAAUUUUACUGCAGUGCUGCAUCAUUAGACCUCCUCACCAACCUACCAUACUCAAUACAUUUUUAUUUUUGGACAAUAAUUAAUUCUUAUUUGUGUAGUACGAUGUGAAUUUUUUUUUUCCAGUUCUAUUUUGUUGAAACAAAAAUAUUUUUAUUUCUCCUUGUGUGUCCAUCCCUUCCUGGAAGGAUGUUAAUGUGAAAUGAAGAAAUGCAAAACAAAGAAAAUGCAAAGUAGCUAAAGUUGAUAUUUAAUAAACAUCAGCCAUGGCAUUAUUA